GGACAGAAGCUGGGGGGCGGGGGGCGGGACCGGACAGAGCCCGGAUGCACCCGGAAGGACGGAGGCCUGGCGGCCGUGCUGCCCCUCCCCUGAUCCCGGUGCUCCUAGGGGCCCGGCUGGGGUGCUGCGAGGGCCCCGGCAGGUUGAAGGCCAAGCAUGGGGAAGAGUUGCAAGGUGGUCGUGUGCGGCCAGGCAUCUGUGGGCAAAACGUCAAUCCUGGAGCAGCUUCUUUACGGGAACCAUGUAGUGGGUUCUGAGAUGAUUGAGACACAGGAAGACAUCUACGUGGGCUCCAUUGAAACUGACCGGGGGGUGCGGGAGCAGGUGCGUUUCUAUGACACCCGCGGGCUCCGGGACGGGGCGGAGCUGCCCAGGCACUGCUUCUCCUGCACCGACGGCUACGUCCUGGUCUACAGCACAGACAGCCGGGAGUCCUUUCAGCGUGUGGAGCUGCUCAAGAAGGAAAUCGACAAAUCCAAGGACAAGAAGGAGGUCACCAUCGUGGUCCUUGGCAAUAAAUGCGACCUGCAGGAGCAGCGGCGCGUGGACCCAGACGUGGCCCAGCACUGGGCCAAGUCGGAGAAGGUGAAGCUGUGGGAGGUGUCUGUGGCUGACCGCCGCUCCCUCCUGGAGCCCUUCGUCUACCUGGCCAGCAAGAUGACCCAGCCCCAGAGCAAGUCCGCCUUCCCCCUCAGCCGUAAGAACAAGGGCAGCGGCUCCUUGGAUGGCUGAAGAGCUGCCAUCCCUUCUUCACCUCCCCAACCCCAGGCCAGCUUCUGGGGCUGUGGAAGAUGGGUUGAAGGGAAAGGCAACUCCCACUAGGGCAGGCAGCUGGGCUGUUCCGGGCUCGGGCCACUUUGGCUCCCUCCUAACUCCGGGAAGUGCAGAUAAUCUAGGUUAGUGCCCCCAACCUCUCCCCCCACCCCAGCUUCCAUCCCAUCUGCCCCUCUGGGACCUGGGGCAGAUGUGGGUCAGGGUCCCUCCCACCUGCCCUGGUUGGGAAGCAGAGCUGCCCCACAGAAGUGCCGCGUCUAGGGUCUGGUUCUGAUCACGGGUCCCACACCUCUGGGCUUCUGCCACACACACACACAAACACUUACGGCACCAGCCUGGACUCUAGGGGAAGGGCGUCCAGGUAUCGUGUACACGUGUGCGUCCUCGUGUUGGGGGUGCCUCCUCACCCAGCACCCUGACCUUGUUCCCGUCUGUACCGUGGCUGGGAAGUGUGAUUUUCUACUUGACCUCCCGCCCCAAUUGUUUCACUUCCUCUUCCUGCUUCACUGGUUGAGGUGGAAUGGAGUGAUGACUGGGCUGAGUCACCUAGAGGCUUUGUUACCCAGCAGGGCUUUUUCUCUCUGGGCUUUGGUUUCCUUAUCUGUACAGUGACAGGAGUUGCUUAGAUGGCCUUCAGAUCCUCUGCAGCCCUAUGACUUUAUAAUGCCCCUGGCUCCGGGCCAGCUGACUGUAUCCUUUGUUUCUUCUCCCUCUUCAAGGUGCUAUGCCUACCGGCCCUGGAGGCUGGGACUCUGCUCUCCGACAACCGCCAGGGGGCAGGAGCGCACUAUCUACUCUAGUUGCCAGAAUGGCUGCUUAGUGCUCACUGGGGAACCUCACACCCCCGGGGGCUGGUCUUCACUCCUUCCUGUGGUUGUUUUCAGCUAUUAGCUGGACUUUAUUUAUAAAUUCCCUGUUAUAAGUUAGUAUGCUGCCAUGGUGAAGGCUGGACAAGGUGCUCCUCUAGCCCUUCUUACCUCAGAUGCCUCAACAGAACAAGGCAAACACGUAGUCACUUCUCAGGAGCGGACAGAUCUGUUGGGGCUCAGAAGGGUGGUUACACUCAACAUGCUGUAAGGUGAGCUCCUGACCCACAACGUCCUGGGCCUGCUUCGUGCUUCUCUCCGGGCUUCUGAUGGGCACCGCUACCAUAGGGGAGCCCUAUCGCCGGGCCCCCUCCAGUGCAUGCCCCUCCCCAAAGCAGGGGAGGUGAGCAGGGGCAGGCGGUCCCAGGCUGGGCAAGUCAAGUUAGGGCAUAGACAGGCUCGGGCUUAAAGUUCAUUUAUUGAUGCAUUGGACACAAUAAAACCACAACUGUUAUCAAAAA